GUCAUCCCGAUUAGGAGCUUCUCUUUGUUUGCCAUUUGCUUUUUAUUUAUUUGUAUAAUUUUUGAAAAAUGAGUGGUCUGAAGAGGCGAGCACUGCACGACGACACACCAACGACUAUCUCCCAGGCGAAGGACGAAGUGGACAUAAACAACACCUAUAUUAGGGAGUCUGCAAAUAGCUACGAAGAAGGAACAUCUUCGGCAGGCGAGCAAGAAGAAGACGAGACCCAAGAAGAUCCUGAAACUCCUGAAGCCGGUGAUGUGUUUAGAAGACGGAGUAUUCCAACUCCCAGUCCGAUUUUAAACCAGAAGCACCAUAUCAAUGAAGUCCAAGGGGGCAAUGGGCUCUAUUUUGCUUUAGCAUUAGCCGGUGUUUUAGUGGGCUCAUUAUUGGUCUACGUUGGAUCGAAUUUUAUAGCGGAAAAGCAAUGUGCCUUUAAGAGUCUUCGUGGAAAUAAGCCACAACAGCCUGAGCAAGUCUGGAAAGCCCUACAAAUGGGGAUCGAGGGACUUAUAAACAAGAGGGACAAGCACCCCAGUGUGUUUUUGUUCCUGCAUCAAGACCCUAAGCUCCAAAAACUUAUAGAUGCGAUUGCUGCCGAGGCUUCUGUGUGUUUCGGUGGCCCAAGCCAACUGAUUCACAUGAACAAGGAGGAUUUUGGAUCGAAUAUGAAUGACUAUGGUCUGGCAAUUGAGCGGUUCAAGGCAAAGGUCAAAGACGGAAAGGUCUUCCUAAUCGUAAAUCUUAACGAAAUCGCUCCAAGUGGAGCUCGGGCUCUGCACACAAUCUGUGAUACAUACAGCCCCAUCGUGGAGGAUACCGUCAUCUUUCUUACGCUCCGGACAUUCAACACUACAGCCGCACCGAACUCCGUACAGCUGGCCACUGACACUCUGUAUGAUCUGUGGGGCAAGGAGUUGGGAGACAAUGAGCUCGAUCCGCUUAUUACUAGAGUUACUGAUCAAGUACUCCACUUGAGCGGCAGUACAUAAGCUAAAAUACAAACUCCAUUUUAAGAUCAUCAGUACUUUAGACUGGCCCAACUAAGCUCUAAUCUGCAAAUGAAGAGAAUUUCGCUAGGCCAUCGAUGAUUUUUUUUAUAACUAAUUUUUCAGAAUUUCAUUAUGUUCUACAAUCGUUUUAAGUUCAAGAAAAUAAAAAACACCUAUAGUACGGA